AUGGCGAAGCAAAAAACCUUGUUCGGCGGUGUCGUGGCUGAUGUGAAGCCUUUCACAUGUGAGUUUUGCCAGGAAGGCUGCAGCACGAGUCAGGCCCUGUCGUCGCAUGUUCGGAAUAGACACCCUGCCAAGUGGGCGGAGCGCCACAGCCAACCACCACAGCAACCCGGUGCAGCCAUCGCGACCUUGCUUUUGGGAGAGGAUGUGCUUCCGGAGUUCGAGGAAGAGCCGCAGGACUUGGACGUGCAGGCCGACACAGACAGCUCAGAGUGCCAACUGGUGGCUUUGGGCACCCAAAAGUUGACGAAAGAUGGAAGACCCAAGCUGACGAGGGGCAGGCCGCACAGGCAGACAGUCACACCGGCAGUGAAGCUGAGGGCCAUAGCAGCCCACUUGGCAACGAAGGAGAUGGGGCAUCCAGUCGUGGAUCAGUGGAACAGGGCUUGUGGGACCUCCUUCAGCUACAACUCCGUGUACAACUGGACCAAGAAGAAGGCAGAGCUCGAGAAGAUGGCCGUGAAGGAGAACCGGUACAAGUUGUCCACGCAGAAACGAGGCUGGUUCAGAUGCAACCCACUGGUGAUGAAGUUCAACCACCGCUUCCAUUUGAGCUUGCGGAAGGCCCGGCGCAAGGCUCGCAACCUUACUACCAAUGUUGCUCUGGCGAUUGCUGUCAAAGUGCACGAGCGACUCUCGACAGCGCAUCCUGACCAGCAGUGGCCCCUGGUCCGAAGGACGCGGCAACGGUGGAAACCAACUGGAAGAUGGAUCCGGUCGUGGUUUCACUCCCGCGGCUGGAAACCGCGGAAAGCGACCAAGAAGCGGAAUGCCACGCCUGCAGAGGACUCAGCGGCGAUGCAAAAGUACCUCGACAAAUUGAGAUACAUGCUGCAGCAGCCGCCUCCCACGACCGACGAAUCCGAUGUUGUUGCCUUUGAUCCCUGCUGGGGCUUUUACGGUGCCGACAGGCGAUUCAACAGGGACCAAGUCGGUCUUCAGUUCGAUUUUACAGGGGAGCCAAAGACCUGGUGUUCCCCAGAGGAACGGGCCAAGGGGUGUGUGGCAGUGUCGACUGGACCGCCAAAAUGGUCCAAAAGAUACUGCACGUGGGACAUGGUCUACAGCGCCGAUCUUACGGCUCCUCAGCCGCCUGCUAUUCUUUACUUCCCCGGCAAAGGCCGUGUUUCGGAGGUCGAGAAGCUUUCCUACCACCCCGACACGCACAUCAUAUGGACACCCAAAGGGUACCUGAAUGCUGCUGCCAACAGAGAAUGGAGUGAGAUUUUUUGCGGCUGGAAAGAGACAAAUAUCGCGGACGGUGUGCUUGUGACGAUGGACAACGUAUCCUGCCAGCGGAAACGUUCCUUUCAGCGUCGUUUGCUCGCAAGUGGUGUGUCAGUGCUCCACGGCGAGCCCAACAGCACCCACGUCUGGCAGAUGGUGGAUAGGCAUGUAGGCCGGAUGCACAAGAAAAUGCUUGCUGAUGUGCAGCUUGAGUUCCUCUCCGACAAGACCAACUACAAAGGCUUUGGCAAGCUGUCUGCUUCUGACCGGAGGAUUCUCUUGAGCCAUUGGGUGGGCGCAGUUCGAGAAACCUACAUCCGGGAGAAAGUGCAGCAGCAUUUGGCUUGCUGUGCUGCUUCGGGCCUGCGCAUUCGCUUGGACGGCAAGGGAGACGACAAAAUCACUGUGGAGGCCAACCCAGUCUUCCAGGUCCAGGCGUUUGUGCAAUGGGAAGGGCUUGUCGAGGCGAUUGAGAAGCAAUGGGUGGAGGACGAGGAGGUGGAAGCAGUCUCAGCGAGUCCUGUUCCCUCUUCAUCUUCUUCCUCCAGCAGCAGCAGCAGUUCAAGUGAUUCUAAUUCGGAUGCUGAUGCAAGUGGGGUGGCAGCUUCAUCGGAAACAGAGGUCAGCGCGGAGUGUGAUGAUGAAGCAGCCCAUGCCACCACUUCUGAUUUGAGAAGCAUGUUGCAGUCGUGUGUUCAGAAGGGCAAGGUUGAUGCCGGCAUGAAGAUGCUGGUCAGUUUUGCGAAGAAUAGGACGCCUCUGGCGCACCCAAAGCGGCUUGAAGGCAAGCUUGUCCGGUUCAAAUGCUUGAAGGAGGCAGCUGAAAGCUUGCAGUUGGAACUGCCAGCACUCGCUGAUAUGUAG